ACGAGCCGCGGGUGGCCGCUCUGCUCAGUCAAUCCGAGUCCCGCACUGAAGAACAGCCCCUGCCCCCACCCCCUAUUAGGAAGCUGGAAGUCUGAUCAGUUUAUAUUAAUGUGAAGGAAGUGGAAUCCUCCCCCUCAGGUUAAUGAUAUUUCCAGCCUGCAGCGCUGCGCUCAGCACGGGAAGGAGUUCUGCUGCAACACGGGGGACGCAACUUCUCUUUCAUAAGCCGCGGCUCGCGCACUCCGCAGGACUUUCGCAACUUUUCACCAGAUAUGGUUGGAGAAUUGAAGUUGCUAAAUGUAAUCGACGGAGAUCCUCUGGGUAUGAACUGCAGCAGGACUGAGAGAGGACUCGAUAGCCCGGACUCUGGGUUACCCCCCAGCCCGAGUCCCAAUGCCUGGCUGCAGCCUGCGUCUGCAGAGAGAGCCGGUGGGGUGACCCCGGGGUCUGAGGACGAAGGAAGGGCCCCUCUGAUUUCACUCGCACCAGCUGGAAAUCUGCAACUGCAGCCUCUGUCCUUUGGAGAAGGCAUAUCAAUUGAUCUGUUACCACCAAAGGAACUGAGAUACACAUCAUUUGUGAAUUAUGACUCAAAACGUCACUUCAUUCAAAACGUGGCCCUCCAGCUAUGGGGCCAGGGCCUCGAACACUACCAGCAGACAAUAGUUGCUUUGCCGCACAGCACUUGGCGCCACUACAAGACCCAGCUGGACUUCCAGCCCCGCCAUCGACCCCACCGCUAUAAGAGCACCACCAUCAUCUACCCCAAGAAAACCAGCACUGUCUAUGUAACGGAGCUCAGCUACGACUCCCACCGGCUCUCCAGGCGUUUCUUGUCCAGUGUGGAGUUGGAGGUGGUUGGCGGCAGUAGACUGCCUCAGUGAAGAAGGAGGAGAUCUUGGCUCCAUGCUCCCCCUCUGAAGAUGCACUGAAAGUCAGUUCAAGCUCAGUUGUUGAUUUCUACUUAGAACGAUCAGCAACAUCCAUAGACUCUAUUUCUUUUCCUCUGGGUCACUGUUUUUAUUUUUUUCAAGCCGACCUGAGUGGGCUGGAGGUAAUCACAGUUAAAGCAGCUGUGCCCCCCUCUUUAGGCCUUUUAAAACUCAAAAUCUAAAUAGGAGCAUCUACCAAAUACUCUUAUUCUAGUGUUUCUUUUUCUGGUUUACCCUGAUGUUCCUGCUUGAUCAGAGAGCUUCUUUCUGGAAGGAGGGGGCUGUGCUUGCUUUGAAGCUAAUGUGGAUGUUUGCCACUGAUCUGUUGUGUAGCUUCCUUUUGGUCUCUUUCCAAAGCUAAAGAUUGGAAGGAUCUGCUCAGCCAUAGCACAGAUAAGAAUGGGUUUAAGAUUGUUUUUCUAUAUAUUUAUGGGCAUUUAAUUGAGGCGGGGUAAACCCCGCACAGGUCGCCAGUCUAUGGCAGGGCAACACAACCAUGCACACACACACACACACACACACACACACUCUUAAGAACAAAUUAGAGAAGACCCAACAGUCAUGUUUGUUGACUGUGGGAGGAAGCUGGAGUACUCCCCAUAUUCAUGCAGAAAGACCACUUUUAAAUGCUUUAAGGAGGCAUUUCUUUUCAGAAAACUAAUUAGAUCAGUGUAAUUAGUUUGGAUAUGAGAGUAUUAUUUAGCAGGUUACCUAGGACUUAAACAGCUAACAAAUGAUUUCCAUGUUCUGUGCAAAUUGAAGACCUUUUCCAAAGCCUUGUGCAUUUUUGUUUUUAUUUUUAGAGAACUCUGUGUUUAGGUGCACAGCAUAAAGUAGAGCUCUUCACAUGACUCAUUCCAAGCAGUAUGCAUGUACCACUCUGGUGUUGUGCAUGCUAUGAAGAUGUACUGUUUGUUAGUGUGUACGUUUUGAUUAACCAGGUAGCACAGAUGGCACCUAAGUAAGGUAUUCAUUAAUAAGUGCGCUAAUCACUGGCUUAAAACAUUCCACUACUUUUCUAGCUGUUGUGAUUUGAUUUUUAAAUUUGUAUUUAUUCAGGUUGAGAUUUUAAAUGCUAAUAAUUAUACCCUUUCCAUUUCUGUUUUUUGUCAAUUUCUUUUGAAAUGCCAUAUGUUUUUGUGGCUUUUUAAUUCAAUCACUUGUUGGAUGUGUAGUUAAAAUAAAAGGAACACAUGUUCA